AUGCCGUCUGGUGGGGGCAGGAACACCAGCAUCCUGAACAUCCGGACUCUUCCCCAGGACUGGGAGCUCAUCGGGGAGCCCUGCGGACAGGGUGGUUCAGAGACGGGGCCUCAUUGCCAUGGUAACUGGUGUGGCCCCUGCCAAAGUGGAGAAAGAUCCCAUCCUUACCUGGGGGGCGCCCUGGCCUCAGCCUGUCCUCUUCCACAGGUGGCUGCACUGGAGCGGCAGAUCUUCGACUUCCUGGGCUACCAGUGGGCGCCCAUCCUGGCCAACUUCCUGCACAUCAUGGCCGUCAUCCUGGGCAUCUUCGGCACCGUGCAGUACCGCCCCCGGUACCUCGUCCUGUACGCAGCCUGGCUGGUGCUCUGGGUUGGCUGGAAUGCCUUUAUCAUCUGCUUCUACCUGGAGGUUGGGCAGCUGUCCCAGGACCGGGACUUCAUUAUGACCUUCAACACGUCUCUGCACCGCUCCUGGUGGAUGGAGAACGGGCCGGGCUGCCUGGUGACACCCGUCCUCAGCUCCCGCCUGGCUUUGGAGGACCACCAUGUCAUCUCUGUCUCCGGCUGCCUGCUCGACUACCCCUACAUCGAGGCCCUCAGCAGUGCCCUGCAGAUCUUCCUGGCGCUGUUUGGCUUCGUGUUCGCCUGCUACGUGAGCAAAGUGUUCCUGGAAGAGGAAGACAGCUUUGACUUCAUCGGUGGCUUUGACUCCUACGGGUACCAGGCGCCCCAGAAGACGUCGCAUUUACAACUGCAGCCUCUGUACACACCCCUCACCAUCACUCAGUAG